AUGGCAGUUAGUCCUUACGUGAACCGCGCGGAGUUGUGGCUUGCAAAUGCAAGUUUCCGACCAUCUUUUCGCCUUCCGGAACAUUUUCAUCCUAGCAUAUUUUUAAAAUGGUUUCCAGGCCACAUGGCGAAAGGUUUCCGUAAGAUGCAACUAAAGCUACCAAAGUGUGACUGUGUUGUGGAAGUUCAUGAUGCAAGAAUUCCCUUUACUGGAAGAAACCCCAAGUUUCAAAAUAAUUUGUCAAGCAGACCACAUGUACUUGUGCUUAACAAGAUGGAUCUCAUAGGAAUGGCCAAGCAAAGGGAGAUCCUGAGACAACUGGAAAGUGAGGGAACUAGAGCUGUGCUUACCGAUAGUAAAUCUCAAUAUCAUUACAGCAUUAAAAGGGUUGUGCCAGCUAUUCUUGAAGCAGUAAAGGAUGCUGAAUAUGAAGGAACAUACAUUAGAUCAAAUCCAGACAAGCCAUACAAUAUUUUGACCUGUGGUUUGCCAAAUACUGGAAAGUCUUCUUUGAUAAAUGCACUCCGAAGAAAAUACCUGCGGAAAGGCAAAGCAACUAGAGUGGGUGCAGUUCCAGGGAUAACAAGAUCCAUGCAAGAAAAAAUUAAGGUGUGUGAUGAGCCAGUAACAUAUAUGAUUGAUACUCCAGGUGUGGUGGCUCCUUAUAUACCAACUGCAGAAAUAGGAAUGAAGCUAGCGUUAAUAGGUUGUUUUAAAGACCAUAUUGUUGGUGAGGAAUUGAUUGCUGAUUAUCUGUUGUAUAUCUUGAACAAAGAAAAACGUUUUGAAUAUGUGGAAAGCUUUGGCCUCAGGAACCCUAGUGAUAAUGUGAACUUCGUCAUGAGACAGUGGGCCAAAAAACUAAAUGCUACAAUAUCAGGUGGAGUACCAGAUUACCGCAGAGCUCAUGUUGAUUUCCUCAAAAGGUUCAGAACAGGAAUGUUGGGACACAUACUUCUUGAUCGUCAGUUGCUUAGGGAAAAACAAAAAAACUUUUUGCCAACAAGUUUUGGACAGUAAAUAUAUUACCAACAAGUAAAACAAAAUAGAUUGGGUUUGAAUGUUAGAGU